CACCUGACAGACCACCUCGGACUUUACGUAGCCGGCAGCUACAUCCCCUUCCGCCGUCCACCACCACCAAUGAAGCAGCAGGAAGCAUGGCCUUCCAAAUCGGACACUCCCCACUUUACCGGCCUGCCCUUUACCAGAAAAGAAUCCGAUCACCGCCGCCGCCACCACCACCACCACUCUUCCUCCAAAUCCAAUACCUCAGGGUCCACGAGGAAAUCUACCUCUUCCUCGUCGAAAACCCAUGUCUCCAACAACCUUAAACAUCAGCAAUACGAUUACUCUUUGCUCCCUUUUGAAUUAGUGCAGAAAAUCGCCGCGUCUUUCUCGCUGCCCAAUUUACGGGCUGCGUCGCUGGUUUGCCACGCUUGGAGGGACGCCCUCCAGCCCUUGAGGCAAGCUAUGAUGUUUCUGAGGUGGGGUAAGCGGUAUAAGCAUGGGCGAGGUGGGUUGAGGUCGAACGUCGAUAAGGCCUUAGAAUAUUUUCUAGAAGGAGCGGCGCGUGGGUCCACGCCCUCCAUGGUGGAUGCCGGCUUGAUUUAUUGGGAGAUGGGGAAGAAAGAAAAGGGGAUUGCUUUAUAUACGAAGGCUGCUGAGCUUGGUGACCCGAAUGGCCAGUGCAAUUUGGGUAUUUCCUACUUGCAAGAUUCAACACUGGCAUGUGAUAAUAACCAUUAUGACCAUAAUCGUUCAUGCAGCUGAUCCACCAUCCUACAAGGAGGCGGUGGAAUGGCUGUACAAAGCCUCGUUUGCUGGCCAUGUUCGUGCUCAAUACCAACUUGCACUUUGUCUACAUCAAGGUCGAGGGUUGGAUCAGAAUCUACAGGAAGCGGCACGGUGGUAUCAGCAAGCUGCUCAAGGUGGCUAUGUGCGUGCUAUGUAUAACACAUCCUUGUGCUAUUCGUUUGGUGAAGGUUUGGCGCAAUGUCGUAGAUUAGCAAGAAAGUGGAUGAAGCGGGCAGCUGAUCGAGGUCAUAGCAAAGCUCAACUUGAGUAUGGGCUGCUGCUAUUCUCAGAAGGGGACAUGAUGAAGGCUGUGGUGUACCUGGAGCUUGCGAAGCGAGCUGGUGAGACAGCUGCAACUUCCGUGAAAAACGUUAUACUUCAGGAGAUGUCUACCCCUUCCCGUGACCGAGUCAUGCAUCUCGCUGAUAAUUGGCGUGCCUUGCCUUCAUCUCGCUGAACUGUUUAGUGCCGCCUUUGUUAAUAAACUGCUGUAAUAUAGCUUAGUAGAUAAAUUUUGUGGUGUCUUGUGUCUUGUCUGCAAAACUUAAAUGAGAUGUAAAGAAGAGAAUUUGGGAGACUGUUACCUGAUCCCGGGAUAAUAAUGUAUUAUGGAGUCCUCGUAGAUCUGCAGCUACUCUUUCAAUCUGAACGGAAAUAGGUAUCAUCAAACAAGUUUCUCUGGCCUGUGUAAAUGUACUAACGGGUAUUAAACAAUGGGUUAGAAGUUUCUUUAGAUUCUUUUUGCGUUUUAA